AUGGAGCGGGAUGCUGGCAGCAUGGCUGCCUGUCUACCCACCCUGCUCUUCAUCUACCUCUGGCUCCCGCUGGGUUCGGCCUGGGGCUCGGCGGGCCGCUGCUUCCUCACGGCCUUUCUGCAGAAUGGGGGUCCGGCGGAGCCAGACUUCCGCCUGUGCGUGUCCUGGGCGCAGAAGGUGAUGGAUUCGGAGCAGAAGCAGGCCCAGGUGCUCGUGGUGGCUCCGGGGGCCGCCUUCCGCCAGGAGCUGAACCUGGAGCCCGGGCGCACGCUGUGCGUAAAGCUGCCAUCGAGCGUGGAGCUGCGCGGCUCGGGAACAAGCAUCGGCGCCGUGCGGGUCACGUCGUCGCUGGAGGUGUCCGUACUGGCCGUGAACUCCCGGCCGCGCUCCCAGGACACCGCGCACGUUUUGCCCUGCGAGCAGCUGGGCAGGCGCUACAUCGUCGUCACGCCGGCGCUGCGGGACUGGGACCGGUACAAGGAGUUUGCUGUGGUGGCGGGGCCGCAGCCCACGCACGUCCGGAUGAUCGCCCCGGGCCUCGUGAUUCUGGACAACGUGACCCACGAGGCCAGACAGCCCCUGGACGUCGUCCUGGAGCCCUUCGGGGCGGUGCAGGUGCAAAGCGAAAGGAACCUGUCGGGGACCGUGGUGAGCGCCGAGCACCCCGUGGCGCUGAUCGCGGGCCACAGCUGCCUGCCCGCGGGCCGCGACUGCAAGCUUGUGUGCGAGCAGUUGCUGCCCGCGGGCCAUUGGGGCCGCGUCUACGCCGUGCCUCCCUUUGCCACGCGGGAUCCCGGGACGAAAAGCUCCUCCGACUACGUCUACGUCGUGGCGGACAGCGAGGGCCACCUGGACUUCUGGAGGGGCGGGACCCGGGGCAAGCGGCUGCUGGAUCCCGGCCGGGUCCUGCGGUUCCAGGUGGACUGGCGCAGGCCCCUUGCGCUCCAGUCCUCGGUGGAGCUCCAGGUGCUGUUCUUGGCCGGGGUUGGGUCUCGGCAGGGCGUGGUCUACGACCCCUGGUUUGCGCAGGUGCCGUCCGAGGACUCCUACGGCUCCAGCUUCUCCCUGAUUGAGCUGCCGGGCUUCUCCAACGUGGCGCUGCUCGUGGCCUCCGGAGAGGGUCCCGUGCCGGGCUCGGUGCUGCUGGAUAAGCGGCCGCUGACCCACUUGACCUGGCGGCUCAUUCCCUGUGGAAACGAAAACUUCUCCUGGGCGGAGGUCCCCUUUGGCACUGGAGACAAAGGCAGCCACCGGCUGGAGACUCUCAGGGGCCAAGUCAUAGGGGUCCUCAGCUGCGGGACCUCAGCGAACUCUGGCUUUGGAACGCAGGCAGAGAGGCCGACUGUUCUCCAAACUAGGACUCUUUCGGAACAUCUGCAAGCUUUCAGCUCCUUGGUUCACUCUCCACAGAUGUCAGAUCCCGAUCCCCUCUCUGGGUUCUUCUCUCUGCCCCACCCUCAGCCCAAGACCCUUCCCCAAGUGGACUCCCUCACUCUGCCCCUCCCCGACCGCUUCCCUCAUUCCCAGCCCCCAUCGCCACGGCCUCCCCCGCAUCCUUUUCUUCUGCAUCCUUCUGUCUACUCCCCAACCUGCAAGAAUUAUUUCUGCAGCAAGGGUACAUCGUGUCGCCUGGUGAACAACGUCCCUCGGUGUGUGCCCCAAAGGCUGCCAGGGGCUAUGGCUAAAGCUGUGGCCAAACCUGUGACUGUCAUUGAGUCUAAGCCUUUGUCUGCGCAAGUGGCAGCUUCAGGAGCUGUGAGCAAACCUGAGGCCAUCUCGGAAACUGUGGCUGCAGCAGGGCCCGUGGCAGAGGCCCUGGGGCAGUCUAUACCAGGACCUAUUGUUGUGGGUGGACCCUUGGUUGCUGAGGAUUUUCCUGAAGCUGAGCCUGGGUCUGAAGCUGCAGCCACAGGGACUUGUUGGGCUUCGGGACUCCCCUACUUUCACACCUUCGACGGGCAAUCCUUUGCAGUACCAGGAGCCUGUACGUACAUAGUGUGUCGCUGUCUUCAAGGAGUCACCGGAGCAGGGCUCCCAGCCUUCCACGUGUGGUUUGGUGGCAGCGGGGGCCAGCUGCCCUUCCGCCACGUCACCCUGAGUGUUUUCGGCUACAUGAUCACUGCUGCCAAAAACGAAUACGGCUUCGUCAGGGUCGACCAGCAGAGAGUCCGGCUACCGGUGAUCCUGGCAAACGGGAAGCUUCGACUCUACUACCGCGGGACUGAGCUGUGGGCUGAGGUCCAGGCUGAGGCAGUAACCGGGUCAGGAAUUGGGACCACAGUGACAGGGCAAGAGACAGGGUCCAGAUUCUGGACGGGGACAGGGACCACAGCCAUGGAAGAGGCUGCAGUUAAUGCAGGGGCAGGAAUCAGGCCCGAGACAUGGACAGCUGCCGGGGCUUCCCCCGAGUCAGGGUCUGAGCCUUGGAUAGGGACUGAUACUGAGCCCAUAGCAGGGGCUGGGACUUGGACUGAAACCAAGACACAAGAAACAACAGGAUCUGGGACUAUAGCCCAGACAGGGGCAGAGGUACCGUCAAGUAGCUGGACCAUAUCAGAGAUUGCAACAGGAGCCAAGGCAAGGGUAAGAGUUGGGACCAGCAUGGGACUGGGACCUCAGAUUGCUUUCCGCCUGAUCUAUGACUGGCAGCAAGCCUUGUCUCUUAAAGUGUCUGGUGGGUACUGGGGCCAUGUUCGGGGCCUCUGUGGGAACUUUAACGGGAAUCCAGCAGAUGACCUGAGCCUCACACAGCAGGGCCCUAUCCUGGAUUCGAGCCCUGGGAUAUCUGGUUCCUCUGCCUCUGUCAGACUUUUUGCCCAAGCUUGGGCCUUGGAGCCGAAGGAUGACCCCUGCUACUCACAGUGGAGGUCUCAGUGCACUUUGAGACCUGGGGGGCAGGAGAUGAGAGCGUGUAUGCUCAUGGAAAACCCGAAGGGCCCCUUUGGAAAUUGCCACCCGCUCCUGGACCCCAAGCCCUUUGUACUCAGUUGCCUGGAAGUGGCUUGUGCCUUUCCUGGCUAUAGACCGGUGAUUUGUCGAGAGCUGGAGACGUAUGCCCAUGCCUGUCAGCGGGAGGCAGUACCCCUGGGCCUCUGGAGGCUCGUGACCUAUUGCUCACGGAUUUGCGGACCCAACAGCCACUAUGAGCCCUGCGGUUCCGCCUGCCCGGCCACGUGUGCAGACCGGGAGGGAGACCCCCCCCAGCGGUGCCCGCUGCCCUGCCUGGAGACCUGCGCCUGUGACCCCGGCUUCGUGCGCAGCGGCCCCACGUGCGUGCGGCGCGACGGCCCGGGCUGCGGCUGCCGCCUCGAGGGGCUGCUCCUGGCGCCCGGGGAAGCCCUUUGGAGGGGCCCGGGCUGUGGCCGACGCUGCUGGUGCCCCGCCGGCGGGGGCCAGGCUCACUGCCGAGAGGCGGGCUGCGGGCCCAGCGAGCACUGCGCCGUGACGGGGGGCGUGCGCGGCUGCCAGGCCGCCGGGAGCGGUACUUGCCGAGCCGCGGGCGCGGGCCACUUCGAGACCUUUGAUGGCCACCGCUACCGCUUCUCUGGCUCCUGCAGCUAUCUGCUCAGCGGCCUCAGGAGCUACGGCCGAAUCGGGGAGCAGCCCCUGACCCCCUUCCGCGUCCUCUUCAACGCCGGGCCUGCCGGGCACCCGAGAGGGGUCGAGGUCUUUGUGCCCGGAGGCCAUGUCCGGCUGGACCAGGGCCAGUUUGGCAGGGUUCUGGUGAAUGGGGCGUGGAGGAACCUUCCCUGCCAGCUGGGCACCCGCGUCCUGGUUUUCCGCAGGGGGUGGAACACCGUCGUGAGCUGUUCCUUUGGCCUGGAAGUGGCCUUCGAUGGGGGCAGCCACCUGGUGCUGGCCCUGCCCAAGAGCUACGCAGGACAAGUGGUCGGUCUCUGUGCGAAUUAUGACGGAGACCCGACCAACGACCUGCUUCCCAUGCUGGGAUACCCCCUGGCCUCUGACCUGUCUGGUACCCUGGCCCUGGUCUACAGCUGCCGCAUGGGAACUGUCCAGGACUGCAGAGAAGAGAUCGAUGACAAUUGGAAGCACACCAUUGGCCAGUGCCAGGGGGCCAUUGGAGGCUGUCACAGUCUCAUAGCACGCGACGGACCCUUCCGGCUGUGCCAUCAGAAGCUGCUCCCCCAGGGCUACUUUGAAGCCUGCGUCCGGGAUGCCUGCCUCAUCCCCGGGAGAGGCGCCUGCCCCAUCAUCGCGGACUAUGCUGCUGCAUGCCAGGAGGAGGGGAUCCUCAUCUACCCAUGGAGGACCUCAGACUUUUGCCACCCGCCAUGCCCGGCUCACUCCCACUAUGAGCUGUGUGGGCCAGCUUGCCCAGUCACCUGCGGGAGCCUCUCGGGGCCCGCAGGCUGCCAGGCCGGACCGUGUCGAGAGGGAUGUGUGUGUGACCCCGGCUUUGUGCUGAGCAGGGCAGCCUGCGUGCCCCUGCACCAGUGUGGCUGCCUCCUCUCUGGCCACUACUACGAGCCGGGCCUCCAGCUCCCGGGGGUUUGGGGGGAAUCGUGCAGAAGCCCCUGCAUCUGCCAGGCUGGAGGCCGUAUAUUCUGCCCCUGUAAGGCCCCCGAGGCUGCCCCUGGCCCUGCAGGCUCCAGCCCGGGGCUCUGCCUGAUCUCUGGCGGCUCUCAUUGCCGGACCUUUGAUGGCACCAUCUUCCGACUCGGUGGGCACUGCUCCUACCCCCUGGCCAGCACAGCCCCCAGCUGCCCAGCGAGCCUCCCGCCCUUCUCAGUGCUGGUGGAUAACGGGCCCUACGGGGCUGACGUCAACCGCGUGACCCUCGCUGCGGCCGGAUGCCACUUUGUUCUCGAUCGCGGGGACUGGGGCUACGUGAUGGUGGAUGGAGUACGAUGCUGUCUCCCCUUUGAACUGCCUGGCGGGGGCGUCCGAGCCUUCACGCAGGGGUCCUCAAUGGUGCUCGUGAUCCAGGAAGGGCCCCGCCUGGUCCUGAGCCAGGGCCCGCACCUCAACCUGGCUCUGCCUGCUGCUUACCAGGGCCACACGCUGGGGCUGUGUGGGAAUUACAACGGCGACGGGGCAGACGACCUCGCGUCCUUGGGCCCAGACCUCGGCUUCCGGCCCUGCCCUCUGCCCCAGCCCUGCCCCGGUCCCGGCUGCCCCUCCAUGGGGGAGGCCGCCAGCGCCCCGUUCCGGGGGCCCGACUCCUGCGGGAUCCUGCUGGCCGCCGAGGGCCCGUUUGCCCCCUGCCACGGGGCUUUGCCCCCAGAACCCUUUUUCCAAAGCUGCCUGGCCGAUGUCCUCCGGGGCGGGGGGAGCCACGGUGUCCUGUGCAGCGGUCUCAGGAGCUACGUGGCCGCCUGCCAGGAGGCAGGGGCCCAGGUGCUGCCCUGGAGGAGCUCGAAGCUUUGCGCCAUGCACUGUCCCAAGCACAGUCACUACAGCCUGUGUGCAGACCCCUUCCCGGCUGCCUGCCCAGGCCUCCAAGCCCUCGUCCAGACCCCGGGCCAGUGCGCCGAGGGCUGCCAGUGUGACCCGGGCUACUUCCCGGCAGCCGGGACCUGCGUCCCCCUGAAGAACUGCCCCUGCUUCCACCGGGGCCUCUACUUCUCGCCCGGCCAGACGAUCCUCACUGACCAGUGCACCUCCGCCUGCUCCUGCCAGCCCGGGGAGGGGGUCUCCUGUGUCCCCCACCGCUGCCCCGUGGGGCUCCCCUGCAGCAUCAUCAACGGGAUCCUCCGCUGCGCUGGCCCAGGUGACCCCGGCGGCCCUUCCCUUGGGGGGCUCCCAGGGUCUGUGCUGGGGCCUGGAGGCGCAGUGCUGGCCAGAAAGAGCGGACCCCCAACGUUCAGCAGGAAGCUGCCGGCCCCCCUCAGAGCGUGACCUCAGGGCAGGGAGCCUUCCAUUCUUCACAGUCGUAACCCGGCACCCAGCCCUGCGUCUGCGCUAAGCCCUUAAUAAAUGUUCCACAAUUA